AUGACACACCCAGAGAAACACUUGGAGCAACUUAUGAUACAAACAUGGGAGCAACUUAAGCAACAGACGCCGAGACUUUUCAAUGCGUCUAAAUUUCGUCUUCAGAACUUCAGCACUAGUGCUAAUGACCAUCACUCUUUACUGAAGUUGCACUUGGGAGUGACUGAUUAUGCAUCUUACGUGGGAACGUGCUGCUCAUCAUUAACAUCGCAGCUAUUGGAAGAUGGAGAUCGAUUGCGUGGAGACCGCUUUGCCUUCUUAUCAAGGAAAGUGGGCGUAGCGGCAGUGGUCGAGACUAUCGAUGGUCACGUGGUGUUUAUCAAGAGAAGCAAGAGUGUUGGUCUUUACCAGGAUCUAUAUGAUACUCCUGGUGGACACCCAGAGCCGUCUAAUAUUCAAUUGACGGAGGACAUUCUACAGACGCUGGAGGACAGUACGAGGAUGCAAGUGGAGAAAGCUGCAAGACAAGAAUUCUUUCAGUCUAUUGUGAAUGAAGUCUAUGAAGAAGUGAACGUGUCUCCGCAGCUACAACAGCCGCCAAAGCUACUCGGGGUCGUGCUGCAAACGGACGCGUGCACGCCUAGCUUCUCUUUUCAUAUCAAGACCGAAUGCUCGGCGCAGGAGUUGAAAGAGCUCUACAGGAUUGGACCUAUGGACAAGUUUGAGUCGGUGAAGUUGGAGCUUUUGGCGGUGGAGAGUUUGCUCGCGGAGGGAUCGACGAUACUUGAAGAGCUGCAGCUGACGCCUUCAGCCAAAGGCACGCUAGGACUGUGGAAGCAACACACCCUGCGUGCCAGACAAAAGCCAUAG